AUGAAUACAUUUACUAGGUUUGCUUUUAUUAACUUUACAGAGCAGGAAGCAAUUCAUAAAUCUAUUCAAUCAAUGAAUUGCGGUGUUAUAGAUGGACAAACUGUAAAAGUUUCACAUUCAAAGAGUAAUCAUCAACAUCAUAACAAUAACAAUAACAACAAUAAUAAUAAUGUUAAUCUAUAUCAGCAUCUACAACAGCAACCUUAUUUAAAUCAUAAUAUUCCACAAUAUAAUAAACCUCAUAGUUCUGGUGGAAACUCUCCUCCUCAUCCUCUACACCAAACAACACCAGGAGAUAACAACAAUAAUAAUAAUAAUGAUCAAAACAAAGAAUAUGGUGAGGUAGAAACUUAUAAUAAAUCAGAAGUUAAUCAACUGCAAAACCCUUUAUCUUCAUCUUCUUCUUCUUCUUUAUCAACAUCGUCAUCACCAACGUCUUUUUCUUCAUUUGAAAGAAUCAAUAGAAGCGAUAAUAUCAAUGAUAUAAAUUUUGGUAAUACAACAAAUAACAAUAAUAUAUCAUCAGAAGAUAUGAACAACAUUAAUAACAAUAAUAAUAACAUUAUAAAAGAUUCCCUGAGGAGAAGUAUCACAAGCUAUGAAAACUUAUCAUAG